AUGAGCGAGCAUUCUCACUCUGAAAUUUACUUCCUCAAGACCUCUGCUUGUCAAUCAUCGUCCAUCAUGCGUUUUCAAGCUCUCGGUGUGCUACUUCUGAGCCUUGUGCUUCUGCUGAGUGUCACCCGCGCUACGGAACAAGUCGCGCUUGUCCAGGAAGCUAAGAUAGCUGCAGCGGACCCAGACGUGGGAAAGUCCGUCGUGGAGAUCGUCAAAGCCCGUGGCUACGCGAUUGAGACGCACCAAGUCACCACCUCUGAUCGCUACGUGCUCACGAUGUAUCGCCUCCCGAAGACCUACGCCGAAAGUCAGUCGGGUGCCGCUGCCGCUACCAGCAAACCCGCUGUCCUCGUGCAGCACGGACUGCUUGACAGCAGCUUCACGUUCGUCUCCAACUUUCGCAAUCAGAGUUUGGCGUACGUGCUGGCGGAUGCUGGCUUUGACGUUUGGCUCGGUAACAACCGCGGUACAACGUGGUCCCGCACGCACCUCGACUACUCCACCGACAAUGACAAGUUCUGGGACUUCACAUGGGAGGACAUGGGUCUGUACGACCUGCCGGCAUUCUUGAAUCGCAUCCUCGACACUACCGGUCGAUCGACAGUGAGCUACGUCGGUCACUCGGAAGGAACGACACAAGCUUUCGUGGGGUUCUCCAAGAACCAGGAAGUCGCGAAAAAGGUCGACUACUUCGGAGCACUGGCCCCAGUUGCCUGGACUGGCCACGCAACUGCUGCACUCUUCGUUGCCCUGGCCAAACUUAAGGUCGACGUGUCCUUCCUCAAUCUGGGUUUUGCCAGCUUCCUGCCACACAGUGACCUGCUCACCGUGCUCUUGUCGGACGUUGUGUGCAGCAACGUAGCCGAGUUUUGUGACUCCGCCAUCGGUCUCAUCGCUGGGCCGUCCAAUAAUCUUAAUGCUACGCGCAUUCCCGUCUAUCUAUCCCAGACUCCUGCCGGCACGUCGGUGAGGAACAUGGCUCAUUAUGCGCAAGGUAUCCGCGACAACACCUUCGCGUCGUACGACCACGGUUGUAGCUGUCUGCGUGCUCUUGGCAUCAACCUCUGCUCGACACUUAUCUGCAAGAACAAGGCUGUGUACGGCAGCUUCGAACCGCCUGCCUACCCAGUCGGAAAAAUGGUUUACCCUCGCACAGGCUUCUACAUCGGCGCGACAGACACCUUCGCGACAGCCUCUGACAUCGCUCAGAUCCGCUCCGGGCUCCCGAGCGGCACCAUCGUGCAUGAGAAGACUAUCGACGCAUUCUCGCACUUGGACUUCACGUGGGCCCAGAAUGCGAACGAGCGGGUGUACCAGGACCUGCUGGUGCAGCUUAAGAAAUACGCCGGCCAGGCGUACUAAUGGUAACAUGUCGUUGAAGUGGGAGCGUGUAACCGAAAUGUUGCGUAAAUGAAAAAUGAAUGUUGAGUUUGAAAAUGUGGUU